CGCACGGAGGCUUGACCGUUCGCGUUAUUUUUUUUUAAUCUAUUUUAUUUACGGACUUUUAUUUUGAGUGACUAUGCCUAAUCGUCAUUUUAGUCACUUUAAUAAUCACGUGACCAUUCGGCAGUGACGCGAAACUAGGAACAGUUCCAAAUUUAAAAUAGAUUUCUCUUUAGUCGGUUUUUAGUUUUGUAUUUAGUUAGUCCACGAUGUAUUUCUUAGUCGGUUUCUUGUUUUUGUGCAAUGUUAGUGUUUUGGAUUUUGUGUUUGGUGCAGUGAUAAAUAAUAAUGAUUUGUUUAGAUUAGAUAUUGUGCAUUACAAUGACUUUCAUGAUAGAUUCGAAGAAACAUCAGUGCCGUAUCCAGUAUGCAAGACGAACGACAGCAACUGCCUCGGAGGCUUCCCGCGGCUCUACCACGAGGUGAUGGUGCUGAUGAAAGAGAAGCCAGAUGCCCUCCUCCUGAACGCCGGAGACACCUUCCAGGGGACCUACUGGUACACCCUUCUCAAGUGGAACCUCACGCAGCAUUUCAUUAACAUGCUGCCAAAUGACGCUCAUGCUAUAGGCAAUCAUGAGUUCGACGAUGGAAUAGCGGGCUUAGCACCGUACCUUGCCGCACUGAAAGCACCAGUGGUCGCUGCCAACAUAGAUUCUAGCAAAGAACCAGCUCUACAUGGUUUAUACAAACCACAUGUCAUAUUAGAACGCAGAGGAAGAAAGAUUGGUAUUAUUGGUCUUAUUACUCCGGAAACCAUGGAUUCGUCAAAUCCUCAGGGAGUAACUUUCUCAGACCCAAUUGAGAGUGUGAAGAAAGAGGCUCAGAUAUUGACAGAGAAAGGAGUUGAUAUCAUCAUAGUAUUAUCACACUGCGGACUCAAUGUCGAUAUAGAAAUGGCAAAAGAAGUUGGCGAGAAUAUAGACAUAAUAGUUGGUGGCCAUUCGCAUAGUUUGUUGUGGAAUGGGACCUCGCCGAGCCAUGAGAAGAUUUCGGGGCCCUAUCCCGUGACUGUUGCAACUAAGAGUCACCCUCAACAUAAGGUCUUGGUAGUGACGGCAUCAGCCAUGUCCAAGUACUUGGGGAACCUUACUGCCUACUUCGACAGGGAUGGAGAACUACAGUCGUUUGAUGGAAGCCCAGUUUUCCUCAAUAGAUCUAUUCCUGAAGAUCCCCAUAUCAAACAGCUGCUGGAGCCGUACAAGCAGAAGCUGUACACGAUGGUUCGCGAGCUGGUCGGCUACAGCGGCGACGACCUGCGGGCUGAGCCGUGCGGCUCGCGGGAGUGCGCUGUAGGCGAUCUCGCUACCGACGCCAUUUUGAAUGCUACAUUGGAAAGAUAUGAAACAAAUCUACCGUCAGUAGCUUUCCUAACAAGAAACAUGAUUAGGGGAUCAUUACCCAAAGGAGAUGUGACCCGAGGAAGUGUGAUCAACGUUCUACCGUUCACCAACAAAGUGGUGACCUUCGUGCUCCAGGGACGGCACCUGGUGGAAGCCUUCGAGAACUGCUUCACCAACUAUUGGUCCUUUAAGCCGUUCAACGGACCUUUUUUGUUGCAAAUUGCUGGUAUGAAGGUGACCUUAAACAGCACGGCAGGCCAGGUGGUGUCGGCGGCGGUGAGGGUCGGAGAUGGGUAUGAGCCCCUUGACCCAGAUCAAGAUUACCAGGUCACUUCUGUCAGGUUCCUGCUCAAAGGCGGCAACGGAUUUUCGAUGCUCAAGAAUUAUUCGAGGGAUGUCAGAGCGGUUGGUGUCGAUGCUGAUCUGGUUGAAGAGUAUAUUAGGAAGGUCACUCCGUUGUCGGAUAAACUGGACAACAGACUUACUAUUGUAAAUUAGUUAUUUAAUAGUCUAAGGGAUUAAGGCCGGAAAUGAUGGCCAGCUAAAUGUCCAACAAGUUACGCGAAGAAAAGGGGCGUAAAGACAAAAUAGAUAACGCGUUCAUAGCCUUGUUCGGAGAAUACAGCCACGAGCAAUAUAAUGUACCCACUUUAGGACUCUGUCGCACUAACAUAUUUUUGACAUUUAGUGAGACUUACAGUUCAAUUUGUCAAAAAAGUUAAUGUGAUAUGGUACCAAAUUAAUGCUCGUGACCGUACAUGUAUUCGAACCCCGGGUCGGGCUUUAAACCACUGAAUUUAUUAAUUUGAAUUCAUGUUAGGAUCAUUGAUAAUUAGUAUCACGUGGUUUCCAGGAUUUGUGCCCGGUUAAUGGCAAACGAGAUUAUUAUUUUGGGUUGUGUGUUAAGUCGCACACUUUAUCUACUUAUAAUAAAUAAUAAAUAAUAAAUAAUAAAAAUGUUUAUUUCUCCACUUAAAACACAAAACAAAACAAAAAAUUUUCUUAGUUGGCUAACAUUGUGAUACAAGUGUAUUUUAAGGGAGCUGGUGCUUGUAAAAGGAUUUCCCUUGUACUACAGGUCACCAGGCCCCAACCCUUGGUAACUAUUUAAUAUAUAUAUAUUAAUAUAAAUAAUAUUUAAUAUAUUCUAAUGUGUUACUAAGUAGCUACAAAUAUUAGAGAAAUGUAUAAUUAUAUAAUCCAAAAAAUAUAUCAAAAAAAAAAAACAGAAAUAAAGGAAGAAAUUAAAUAAGGGAAAAACUGACAGGAACCUUCGAGAUACGCAAGUGUGUGUGUGUGUGUGUGUGUGUGUGAGAGAGAGAAUGUGUGUGUGUGUGUGUGUGUGUGUUCUUCUGGGCUAUUAUUGCUGGUACCCAACAGAUAGCCGUCACCCGCCAUCCACUUCUAGAACAGGCAAAGACAAGUAUCUGUCUCGCGGGCGAGUUUACUGUUUUUAUAACUGUACAAACAACUCUCCUGAAUAGUUUAAUUAAUCUGGACCAGUUUAGUAUGAACGAAGAAUGAAGGAGUCAGAUAGCAUGUGGGCGACUUGGCACCUAACAAAUGUUUAUUUUUUUAUUUGAACCACUAUUUGCCCCCGCGGCACAGCAACCGCGCCGCGCGCUGUUCGAAUUACAACGAGGGAUUCGACUUAUAUUAUAUACUUAUCUGCGUAGAUAAAAUUCGCUGCGUCAAUUAUUGGCGUUGCCGUCGAUAUAAUUCGCCCCGCGCGCGGUACGGUUGCUGUGCCGCGGGGGCAGAUAGAGUUAGCGUAAACUAGAAACAGCGGCUAUUAACAUUACCAAGUAUUUAAUAUAAACUAGUUAAUUAUAUUUCAUCCUAAGAAAUUUUAUUUCCACUAUGUGAUAUUAAAGUAUACAAUGCAAUAGUAUUGAGUACAAAACUGUAUUUUUAUAUUAAUUUGCUAUACUUAAUAAACUUUUUUUGGGUUUAAGUA